AUGCCAUGGAACUCGUUGGAAUUCUAUCAACAAUGGUACAAUGUGCGUGAAGACGAGUACGAGCUGUACCAUCACGUGUGGGAGCAGGCAAACCUGAACAACGUCGCUCGUGAGCCACAGUGGAGGGGGAAGGUGAUAGUUGUGCCACAUGCCGAGCUUACAGGCCCGCAGGGGGCGUUCGUUCGGCAUGUGUGGGCUGGGUUGCCUGAGGGAGAACACGGCCGUGUGGUGGUUGAGGCGUUGGAGGAGGCACUGGGGUUUCUGCAGUAA